UGCAUGUCUGAAGUUGAGAUUUAUAAUUAUCUUUUGCCAAAUUGUUGUAAACGCAAUUACCCUUCGAAUAAACACCAGUUUGCAUUCUCAGCAUUGGGGUCGCACAGCAUUUAUUUUUACUGGCCAAUAAUGGACAAGCCCCUGGGUCUGGACGACAUAUCAGCGAUGGAGAAUCAGCUCAGGAGUUCCGUGGAGCAGGACCGUCACUACUGGAGGGUAAACGAUGUGAAGUGCGAUGCGAUUUAUACUGCGAAGACUUAUGAGGAGUUCGCAGACCGGGUGGCUGCAGCACACUUGCGGCCUUUGGAGAAGGCUGACUACCGAAGCAAAAAGAGCGGUUGGAACCAGUAUGCAGUCAAGGAAAAAGAGAGUGACUGAUCACUUAAAUUCUGUCAUAUUGCUUACUUACGUG